GCCGCUCCCGCUGCGCGCUGGUCAGCCAUGGCUGCUGCUCUCCGGCUCCGCGGCGUGUUCCGAUCGCGACCCACGUUGCGCUGUCGGCCCUCGGAGAUGCUAUGGGUGCCACGGCGUGGGCAUCGGCUCACGCCCGCCGAUGAUGAGCUGUAUCAGCGGACGCGCAUCUCUAUGCUGCAGCGCGAGUCCCCGCACGCCAUGUACAUCGACAGCUACAACAACUGCGGCUUCACGAUCAACGGGAAUCGUGUGUUUGGGCCCUGCGCGCUGCUUCCGAACUCAGUGGUGCAGUGGAACGUAGGAUCCCACCAGGAUAUUACCGAAGAGAGCUUCUCCCUCUUCUGGAUGCUAGAGCCUGGAAUAGAAAUUGUGGUGGUGGGCACUGGAGACCGGACUGAGCGGCUGCAAUCCCAGGUGCUGCAAGCCAUGAGGCAGAGGGGCAUCGCUUUGGAGGUGCAGGACACGCCCAAUGCAUGUGCCACUUUCAACUUCCUGUGUCACGAAGGCCGAGUGACAGGAGCUGCUCUCAUUCCCCCACUGGGAGGGACUAUGCUUACACCUCUGGCCCAAGAUUCAGAAUGCGCCAACAGGACCUGAGUGUGCCUUUUCAAGGAAGAACGGGGCACAUUUUGCAGCGCCCAGGGGUCCCCAACACUUUCACUAGUCCCUUCCCUUUGGCACUAUAACAUUAGUCUUUCGCAAACUAAUACUUGAUCCACUUCACCCAUUUUGUACUAGGUGUGUUGCUGGCCAGGGGCUGCUCUCUUAAUGAACUUUUCGUAGGGGCUGUGAAGAAAUCAAAGGGGUCAUUUUUUCAUCUAGGCUACUUGGGACUCCCAUGGCUUCUUUGAAGCCAAGAGGCUGUAUGUGCAUUUGCUCCAAACUGCAGAUCUUUCUACUUUAGCACAUGAAGAUUUGAGGAGGGACCUCAGAAUUUUCUCCACAAAAUCCUUUGUGGAGAUUCAUGCUAGAGAAUAAGUAUAUACGUCUUAAUUUGGUCCUGUGUGACCAAGCUUGGGGGUAGCAGGAGGCACUGAGGAUUACAGUCUAAAGCCUUGUUCUGUGAUUUCAGUGUGAACCUAGACUUGGCGAACCAGAGCUGAUCAGAAUUGGCUUGUGAGUUCUGGGACUUUUUGAACCUAAAAACCUUAACCUCAGGGCCCGAGGCUUCCCCUGUUAUUAAGGGUGUUACAUGCAUCUGUGAUGGUGGCAGCCACAGAGCCUUGCCUUCCCCUUAUCCUAAAAAAAAAGUCAAGCAUCACAUUUUUUUCAAACUUUUAUUGAAAAACCAGGGUGUGUGUGUGUGUGUGUGUGCGUGUGCGCGCGCGUGCUGUAUCCCUUUUCAGAAAAGCCGUUUCUCAUACCUGUAGACAGAAGGACCAGCUAUGAGGUGAGGGCAGGAGAAGAGGCAUGGCAGACACCACCCAGGGACAGAGGGGUAGAAGAGGGUCGGUUACUUACGAAUGGAGGCCGUGGACACCACCUUCUACCUGAGCUGAGGAUGUUCUCUUCUCAAACUUGAGUUCCCCAGAAUACAUCAUGGCUCUGAAGAGAGGCAGAUGUCAGAUGUAGCUAACUGACCCUGGACCAAGCUGGCUCCUCAUGUCCCAGCGCCCCAACCUUACCGGACUUGUGUCAAACUCUUGGCACCAAUGUCCUGGCAUGAGUGCUGGAUGCCGGCAAUCAGGUAGGGAACAAAUUUGUGGAUGGACCCUUUGUCUUGCACAGCCCCAGACACCCCCUGAGCUACUUUGAUUUUGUCAGCUUCACUGCAGGGAGAGGCAAAAAACAAAAAAAGAGGUAAGAUCAAAACACAGAUGGUCAGGGCAAGGAUAGAUUGACAUAAUUGACCUUGCUGUCCCACCUGAAAUAUCGGUUCUGGCUGCUGAGAUGUUUGUCCAUGGCAUCGAGAGACCCCAUUCCACGGUAUUUCUUUAGGCGAAUCCCAUCAGAGAAGAAAUAUUCUCCAGGGGCCUCAGUGGUAGCAGCCAGGAGGGAGCCCAUCAUGACUAUGAACAGACAGAAUGCUGGGGGCAGAACCUGUGUGGCAAUGGAGGAGUCCCCCCAGUCUCUUAGGGUACUGGACCUCACCUGUGGAGGCCCCAAGGGCCAAAGCUUUGGCAAUGUGGCCCACGUUUUGGAUUCCUCCGUCAGCGAUGACAGGAACACCAAAACGCCGUGCAUAUUCUGACACCUUAUAUACUGCUGUUGCUUGGGGCCGUCCACAGGCCAGCACUGUUGAAAGAUGAACAGAUGGAUGGGUGGAGUCAGUGUGGAUAGACAAGGGGCCCUGCGGCUACAACUCAGCACCUAGGAGCUCUCAGCUACAACUGCACCAGAACUGCAGCCUGGCUGAGGGUGGGUCAUGUUUGGAUGGCUGCUGGCCCACCUGCCUUGAACAAGACAAACAGCUGUGAUGGCCUCCACUCGCCCUUGCGUGUGCACGUGCAUGUAUGCAUGGCCCAGAGCAGCCUCAGGCACAUGCAGUCAGCAGCCGGGAAAGCCCCGCCCAGCUGCUAGGUGGCACCGUGCAGUUAGUACCCAGAGACCCACCCUUUUUCUCCCUGUUUGGUGGGCAGCUCAGACAAGAUCAGGACAGUGUUCUGUGGAAGUGGGGUUCACAGAUGGUUCUGGAGCUGUGCCUACACUGCAGGAGAUAUGGGCAGAGCAGGGCCUACCUGGAGGAGGUGCCACCCUAUAAGCACCCCAGGAAAAGUAGGGAGCUGUGUUCUUGAGCAGCCCCCAAAACCAUGGUCUGUCAUUGUUUGCCUGCCCACCCAUCAGCACCACAAACCCCGGGAGCUACAGCUACAGUCAACCAAGCCAGCCGGGCAGUGGGCAGCUGGGCCGGGCCGCUGGGCCGGGCCGAACUUACUAUAGCAGCCCGUGACAGUAGAAGGGCAUUUGGGGCUGUGGGACUUUAUGUCUGGAGGGAUCUUGGGAGCCGCUAAAUAAAAAAACAGACCAGAGUUUAGAGAGGGCGCAGAGCAGGAGCAAGGAGGCCAGGCUAGGCAAGGGGAGUGGCAGGUGAGGAAUGACGAGAGCUCGUCUUGCUUCUGGGCAAGUCACCCAUCCAGAGGGGCCCAUUUGGCCCAGGGGCUGCCCCUUUGGAAGACUUAAUAUAGUCCCCAUAAGAGCUCUUGGCUCUAGGGCACGUAGGGCUCAAAGCCCUGACAAAGGAUCUUACCUUCCUGGGUGAUACAGAUGGAACCACUGCCCAUGCCCACACGCAAAGCAUCUACACCAGCAUCAAUGAGGUUCUUGGCCUGAGCAGCUGUGACCACUGCAGUGAGAAGAGGGAAAUGAUCACAUGAAGGUCUAGGUGGGGACCUAGCUUCCUCACACUUUCCCCACAUCCUUCAGAGCCCAGUCUUGUCUCACCAUUUCCUCCGAUAACUUGGAGACUGGGGUAUUUCUCUUUGAUGUACUUGAUCAUGUUGAUCUGAAAAAUGGAGUUUCCCUGGGAAGAGUCCUAGGCAGGGAAGACGUUCCAAUGAGACUGGUAUGGCAAUUACACCCACCAUCCCACCCUGCCUGUGUGUCAACUCACCAAAACCACUACGUCUACACCAGCCUGCGCUAAUAAGUCUAGUCGAUACUUGUCAUCCUCAUGAGUGCCAAUAGCUGCUCCACAUAGCAGCUGCUUUUUGGCAUCUUUAGAGGCCAGUGGGUAAUCACGGUUCUUCUUCAGGUCUGUCCGGGCAAUGAUGGCCACCAGCUCAUCGUCUUCAUUUACAAUGGGCAACUUUCCUGGGGGCAGGACAUGAAUCAGGACCCUGGUCUUUCUUGGUUGCUUGACAAUUCCUACCUCUAUAACUUACCUUUUUUGCUGCGCUGCAGAAUUUCAUUUGCUUCCUUCAAUGUGAUGCCUGCAGGGGCUACCACCAAGUCUUCUCUCUUUGUCAUGAUCUAAGAAGGAGAGGAGCUGUGAGGCAGGGCCAAUCAGAGAGCAGACCUCUCAACAGACUGCCUUAACUCAAGGUGAGUUUCCAAGGACCACCAUAUUCAUGUAACCACAUCCAAACCACCCUCCUCAAGGGAAGCCACAAGUUUCUGUAGCAAUCUAGUGGGAAGAGAGUUGAGUAGAAAGGACAACAUGGUACGCAUUACACUGCGGAGAAAAAGAGGGCCAUGCUGGAGCUGCGACUAGACAUUAAAAGAGGAUGCUGACAUUGGUCCUUUAUAUUUCCCACUAGGGGCUGGGAUUUGCGGCAGCAAAAAACAGUAUGCACUAGCAAAUAUUGGCACAAAGUGUUUGAUAAGGAAAGGAUGUGGAAAUUUCAUGGAGCGGUUAGAAAGCUGGAAGGGUAUUCAUCUUUGCUAGAAAGCAGAGGCCCUCAGAGAUGUCAUUCAGCCAACAAAAACCUUCCUGUCAUUAACCUGGACUACCAGAGUUUGGUUUUGCUCUGCUAGUAACACCCACCUCUUCCAAACAACGAUCGUGCUCCUCCUCCUUGAGGAAAUCAAUAUCCCUUGAGGAGAUGAUGCCCACCAGACGGCUCCCCAUCCGGCCUGUGUCAGUGAUGGGUAUACCACAGAAGCCAUGUCGGGCCUUAGCUUCAAACACAUCCCGCACUCGAUCCCUGGGGCUGAGGACCACAGGGUCCGUGAUGAAUCCCUGUUCAUAUUUCUGGAAAUGAUAGAAAGAAAGGGUGUUUCUGAACCACUUUCAUCAGGCUCUUGGCAUGAAGUCCAAGUCUGUGCCAACUUCCCCUUCAGCACUGCCACAAGACCAAUGCACACCCAACACUUCAAACCCUAGGGUUAGGAGACAUGGGUGGCUGUCAGCACUGUCCACCUGAUGUUCUUCUAUUGCCUUAUGACAUAGGGUAUUGGAUCUUAUCAGGAAUUCACAGUAGGAAGAAAUGAUCCUAAAUUAGGAGCAGAAAAAUUCCUUGCUCCCGUCCCACUCAAUGUAAUUCCCAGGAACUCUUGAACACAAUCCAUGCCCGUCUGACCUUCACUUUCCGAACUUCAUUGGCCUGGAAUUCAGGUGUACAGUUAUGGUGAAUGAAGCCAAUACCACCAGUAAGCUGCAAGAUAAAUGGACAGAAAAGAGUUGACAAAGAAUAAGAGAAGCAUGAUUGUAUGCCUUUGAAAAGAGAGCUGGGCCUCUGCCCUCAUACCCUGAGGAGCUCACCGCCAUUGCUAUGGCCAUCCCAGCCUCUGUGACUGUGUCCAUGGGUGAAGAAACCAGUGGAGUCUUCAGAGUGAUCUUUUUGGUCAGAGCAGAAGUCAGGUCCUGGAAAAUAAAGCCAACUAAUGUGGGAAAGAAUUAUAUAUAUUGCAGGGUGAUGUCAGUUAUCCCACAAAACAGGCGGCGCCCUGUAUUACUUGCAUGCCAGCAAGACCAUUCCACAGAAUCCACCCCCAAGCCCAAUCUGGUGAGGUAGCCCAGAGACCAGGGGACAGCAGCAUUCUUGGCCAUACUCACCACCUGGUCUGCAGUGAAGUCGAUGUACCCAGGGAGAAUGAGAAAGUCACUAUGGGGGAGGGGAGCGAAUUGAGAGUAAGGCUCAGGCUUAGCGCAGCCUGAGAGUCCAUCCUCAAAAAUCACCUCAUAAGGCAUUUGGGCAGAGUGGCACUAGCCCAUGUGUCACAGGCAGGGCAAAGGACAAAGUCGUGACGGUGGCAGGGGACCGUUUCUGCCACCUAGCUGUCAUCGGCACCCUUGGCACCGACAACUCCAUGUGCACAGAGAAUGAAGUUUCAAGCCUGAAAUCCCAAGCACUAAGAUGCCUCCUCCAUCCCACCCUUCAGUUCUGUAAAACGAACCGCAGAGAUGUGCGGGGAAUUUGCGGUAACUCUAGCCACGCCCGCACCCGUGCAGGCUCAAUGGGGGUCCCAUCCGCCCUGCCAGCCCAUCGCACCGCCCCUCCUCGC